ACAGGGACGCGAACAUUGAAAUUGGUUUCCCCUCAAUAACUUGUGAACCACUGGACCUAGAACCUUCAAACUUGAUAGCCUGAUUGCACAAUAACACUAUCAUGAACAAGGUAUUAAGUUGACUGAUACCUUUAUUUACAACUAAGAGAAAUUUGAGGAGGAAACAAUUUCUGAAGUAUAAGAAGAAGAUAUUCUUGAAAUAUUUGAUGUUGAAAAAGACCUUUAACCCGAACAUACAACCACACUGAGAUGUUUGAAAAAGAAAAUGUAAAAAAAACCAAAGAAUUUCUGUCACUUUUGAGUUGCAAUUGAAAAAAAUACAUUCUGGUGAUGUUGCAUGUAUGCUGUUUGUUGAUGCAGACAAUGUUCAGCAGGUUACAUAUGCAUAAUGACACAAUUCUUGAAGAAACACAUGGUGAAUGGCAACAUUUGAAAGAUGUACAGAUAAUCAGACAAGAACAGAUGCUGUCCAGCACAGAAAGUACCCUCUGGUGAGACUUGAACCAUCUAUACAGAAGUUCCUGAAGGUGAUACAGAUUGACUUAGCUAGGCUUCACAGACAUAGACUUAAUGUUGAAAAGUUUAAUCGACUACAAGACUGGACCAGUCUACAUACAGAACAGAUUAAUGCAACUAGAACCAUUCAACAAAUCAAGGCCAACAUACAUGAGAUAGAGAAGUCCAGACUUCAAGUCUGUGAUGAAGAUUUGGAGAAGUUUGACAACAAAAUAAAUGAUAUGAAACAUAGUGCAAUGAAGUCAGUUUGUGAGUUUGUAGACCUGGUACAUGGCUAUACAGGUGAUGCUAGAAAUUCCAGUUCUGACAGUUCACCGGGUGAUGAACUUCAGCCUUUGACCUUUGAUUCCUCGACUCACCUCUUUCAAGGUCAGAUGCAGUUAAAUGAACCACCAGAAAACACGCAAGUGGCUGAAUCAUGGGAAAAUCUACAAGAGAAUUUAGAGGAACUGAAUAUGAUGAUACAUCAGUUUGCUUCAGUUGUAAAUACUCAGCAAGAGGGUAUAGACAGGAUAGAAGAUAAUAUAGAACAUGCACACUCAUCUGUCAGAGAAGGUUCAGAAUAUUUAGGAAAGAGUUCUAACUACAAGGCUGCAGUACUUCCUAUAGCAGGGGCUGUUGUUGGUACAAUGUUAGCUGGGCCUGUAGGUUUGAUUGCUGGGGCCAAAAUUGGGGGAGUUUUAGGGGUUGCCGGAGGAAGUGUGGCAGGCUUUUUAGGUGGAAGCUAUUUUAAAAAGAGGAGAGAAAAGGUUACAGAGAUGGAACUGUCAAAAUUAAGUAGAUCAAAUUCCCUACCAGAUAUACAUCUUGAGCCUGCAGAUGGAAGCUCCUUGUUUGGAUGGGGAAGAAAAAGGAACCAGUCCACGGCAGAAAUACAAGAAACUAGUUCAUGACAGAUAUAUACAUGAAGGAGAAAUAUUAACUAAGAACUAAUACCUACAAAAAGGUUGUGAUACUGAAAAAUGUUUUCUUCAGAUGUGUUAUAUUGUCAGCUUUGUUAAUCUAUACACAUCAGUUUAUUUAGUUAGCUAUUUUUGCAUAAAGAAAGGUUCAAGCUUGUUGUCCCCUGCCAAAGGCGUAGGGAUAUAGUUUUGGUGUUGUCGUCUUGCCAACCGUCCAUCCAUCCAUAUCUAUGACAUGGUGUAGAGUAUUUAGAUAAAACAUGGUAGAAAUGCCACACUGCAAGUUUUGGUCAAGGUAACAUUAGUAAGAUCAGAUUUAUGGCCCUUCGUACAUGUAUACAUGUAUAUAUAUAUAUAUAUUACAUAUAUAGUGAUAUAUUUAGUGAUUUAUUAUAUGCCCAAAGGGACGUAUUAUGUUUUACCCCCGGUGUCCGUCUGUCUGUUGGCAAUUUUGUGUCCACUCAAGGCCCCUUAAGAAUUUCAAAGAAACUUGACACAAAUCUUCACCACGCCGAGAUGACAUGCAGAGUGCAUGUUUUGGUCAAGGUCACACUUAGGAGUCACAGGUCAUAUAUGACUUUGCUUUGUGUUACGAUAUUGCUCUGCAUUGCAGUGCUCUUGUUUUUAUUUGGCAGAUCCCUUUUUUGUUCACUUACAAUAAAAAAAUUUGAAUUACUUCCCUUUUAUGUUACUAUAAAUAGCUUAUUUGGAAAGUUUUUUAUUAUUGGCAGUAGGGAAGAACCGAGACCACGUUUCUAUGGUACAACAUGGAUGGUACCUCCAAUUUGUAGGUGUGUUUUGACAUACCUGUACCUAAUAAAGAUUUUUUUGUGGACUUGGAUUUUUUUUUUUUUAAAUUUCUUCCCUUUGUUGUUCCUGUCCUUUGGGCUUCAACAGCCAAGUUCUUUAAAUUUUGCUCCCAUCCUCUGAUGUAACCCUUGGGGCUUAUAUUGCCCCGCUUGGUGGAGCUCUUGUUCUAUUUUCUGUCUGCCGGAGUCGUAUCUCUGACAUGGUUGGAAGGAUUUCAAUAAAACAUAGUAGAAAUGUUAAUUGCUAUAGGGCAAUGCAGCCAUGCUAGUUUUAUUCAGAUUGGUUGAGGAAGACAAGAUAUAUGGCCCUUUGCAAUUAUUUAUAUAGUACAUAGGUAGACUUUUAUGCAUUUUUUUUGUCAGUCUUGAGUCAUAUCUCAGAAUUGGAUUGUAGGAUUAGAAAUGUUAACUGCUGUACAGAAAUGUGGCCAUGUAAGUGCAAGUUGGAUUGCUUGCGUCAGACAAGAUUUAUAGCCCUUUGCACUUAUAUAUAUAAUUCAUAAAUAGUGCACAUUCUGUCCAUCCAGAGUCAUAUCUCUUACAUGGUUUUAAUGGAUUUAAAUAAUACAUGGUAGAAUUUAUAACAUUAAAUGCACUAGGGAAAUGUGGGCCUGCAAGUUUCAGACAGAUUGUUUGAAGAAAACGAGAUUUAUGGUGCUUUUGUAUUUAUGUCUCCUCAAUCGGUGGGGAGACAUAUUGCUUUUGCCUUUGCCGUCCGUCUGUAUUAGUAACAGCUGGCCAGAUUUUGACGAAACUUAACAGGAGUGAUCAGUACCAAGUCUAGUUGUGCAUAUCGCCGGCACAUUCCAUUUUGCUGGAAAAAAUGGCAGCAAGAGCUAAAAAUAGAAAAAUCUUGUCGGUUUGCACAGGUCAAACUGCUGGCUGGAUAUCGACGAAACUUCACAGGAGUGAUCAGUACCAAGCCCAGUUGUACAUAUCGCCGACACGUUCUUCUGUGCUGCACAAAAUAGCUACAAGAGCUAAAGAUAGAAAAAUCUUGUCCGGCUUUUGCAUGUCAAAUUACUGGCUGUUAUUCAACAAAACUUCACAGGAGUGAUCAGUACCAAACCCCAGUUGUGCAUAUCGCUGGCACGUUGCACUUCGCUGCACAAAAUGGCCACCAGAGCUAAAAGUAGAAAAUCUUGUCCGGCUUUCACAGGUCAAACUGCUGGACAGGUUUUGAGGAAACUUCAUAGGAGUGAUCAGUACCAAGCCUAGUUGUGCAUAUCGCUGACACAUUGCGCUUCGCUGCACAAAGUGGUAGCCAGAGCUUAUGAUAGAAAAAUCUUGUCCGGCUUUCACAUGUCAAACUGCUGGCAGGAUUUCGACGAAACUUCACAGGAGUAAUCAGUACCAAACCCCAGUUGUGCAUAUCACUGGCAUGUUCCGCUUCGCUGCACAAAAUGGCCACCAGAGCUAAAAAUAGAAAAAUCCCUCUUCCAUCCUUAGAAUAUAUAGGUGGGAGACAAUCAUAUGUUUCUGUGACAAAAACACCUAGUUUUAUAUGUAAUACAUAAAGUGUGUUUUUAUUAUAUCCCUGGGAUGUAUUGUGUGAUGGCAGGUGUGUCUGUCAGUCAUAAUUCAUGUCUAUAACCAUUAAUGCCAUUUAAACUUGGCAUAUAAGUAGAUGGCGAUGAGAUGAUGUGCAGAGCAUAUGAACUGGCUCUAUAGAUUAAAGGUCAAGGUUACAAAAUGAGCUAAAAGGUCAGUUCCAUCAUAUUUUGUGUUCAGAGCAUAACUAAAUAACUAUGAGAGGUAUUGACUUCAAACUUGGCAUGUAGGAAGCUUGCGUGCAGGCCAUGGUUUAAGGUGUAUUUUGGAUUGCUAAGGUCAAGGUCAAGAGCAUCAUUACUAAAAAUAGAAAAGUGAUUUUCUCACAGUAACUUCAGUUUAGAAUGAAGUAAGCAGACCAAACCUGGUAUAGGUAGCUUUCAUAGAGACAAUCUUUUUUAGCUCACCUGUCACAUAGUGACAAGGUGAGCUUUUGUGAUCACCCUUCGUCCGUCGUCCGUCCGUCAACAAUUUCUUGUCAGCACGAUAGUGGUUUCAUUUAUGAUUUUAUUUUAACCAAACUUGCACACAACUUGUAUCACCAUAAGAUCACGGUUCCUUUCUUGAACUGGCCAGAUCCCAUUAUGGGUUCCAGAGUUAUGGCCCCUGAAAGGGCCAAAAUUAGCCAUUUUGACAUUGUCUGCACAAUAGCAGCUUUAUUUAUGAUUUGAUUUUUACCAAACUGGCACACAACUUGUAUCACCAUAAGGUCUUGGUUCCUUUCUUGAACUGGCCAGAUUCCAUUAUGGGUUCCAGAGUUAUGGCCCCUGAAAGGGCCAAAAUUAGCUAUUUUGACAUUGUCUGCACAAUAGAAGCUUCAUUUAUGAUAUGAUUUUAACCAAACUUGCACACAACUUGUAUCACCAUAAGAUCUUGGUUCCUUUCUUGAACUGGCCAGAUUCCUUCAUGGGUUCCAGAGUUAUGGCCCCGUAAAGGUCCAAAAUUGGCUAUUUUGGCUUUUGCAGCCAUAUAGAGACUUCAUUUUUGGUUUUAUUUGAUACAAACUUCCAAAAUAUCUUCAACAACAAUAAAUCUUGGAUUUCAUGACAAAUCAGAUCCAAUCAUAGGUUCCAGAGUUGUUUUAUAUCUGAUUACCUCCCCUGAUUGUAAUCAAAAUGGAUUUGUAUCAGUAAGUACUUAUAGGACUUAUUUGAAAUUUCAUUAUUGUUAUUAGUUGGACUGAGACAGUCAGGGUAGAUAACUAUGGACUGAUUAUAUGUCAAAUUACCUCCCUUUAUUUUAAAUAAAAAUGGGUAUAUCUCCGUAACUAACGAAGAUACUGAUCUGAAAUUUCAUUUAUGUCAACAGAUGUAUUUGGCAGAUCCUUCUUUUGUUCACUUACAAUAUUUUUUUUUUAAUUACUUCCCUUUUACUUUACUAUAAAUAGCUUAUUUUUAGUAACUUUUUUAUUAUUGGCCGUAGGGAAAAAUCGAGACCACUUUUCUGUGGUACAACAUGGAUGGUACUUCCAAUUUUUAGGUGUAUUUUGACAUAUCUAUACCUUGUAAGAAUUUUUUUGUUUGUUUUUGGUUAAAUUUCUUCCCUUUGUUGUUCCUGUCCUUUGGACUUAGAUAUAUUUUUUCUGAGGGUCUUCUUGUCCUCAAGUGCAAUGAUAACAGGUGAGCGAUAUAGGGUCAUCAUGGCCCUCUUGUUAUUUCAUUUUAAUCAGGUAGCUUUGGUCAAGGUCAUUGUUACUAAAUAUAGAAAAAUGUUUUCAUGCCCCCGAAGGGAGGCAUAUUAGUUUUCAACUGUCCAUCCGUUAGUUCGUCACAAUGUUAACUUUCAACAUUAACUUUUUGCAUGAAGGCACUUUACUCGUGAACCACUGAACUCGGGACCUUCAAACUUCACAUGCUAAUAGUACUUAUUGAGUACAUGACCCCUAUUGACUUUGGGGUCACCAGGUCAAGGUCACCAGGUCAAAGGUCAAGGCGCUGCUUGGGCAUUUGUCACCAUUAGUGACAGCUCUUGUUUUAUUUAUAAUUAAGAAUGAAUAACUUUCAAAAAGACUGAAAUUCAAUUGUAUUUAAGUGCUUUAUGUAGGCAAAUAAUGCUUCUUUUCCUGUUUGGUGGGGUAUACCAAUUCACUGAAUUAAAUCUGUCUUGAGGUACCA